AACUCUAUCACAGAGCAAAAUUUCUGUUCUUUGAUCGUUUGGGAGAAGUGUGCGGGGUGGAAAAUAACAGUUUUCGGCAUUGAGAAAUAUUGUUUUAACUUAGAGAAUAUUGUAAUGUCGGGAUUAAUAUCGUUAACGAUGCGGCGUCUUCCCCGCGACCUACUUAAGCUGGGAAUACAGGCAGCGCGUAGUCAAGAAGUUAGCGCAUCAUGUCUAAUACGUCAGUUUUCAAGAUCGGCAGUAGGGGGACAAAAUCAUUGCCCUACUGGAAAUGAAUCCUUACCGCCUGUAUUCUCCUCGUCGCAACGAACUAUACUUUCUUUUGGCGGUCAAGGAUUCCAUACAACCAGUAAUUUGUGGGCAAUAGAAACAAUAAAAACGCCACCGUUUCCUGAAUCAGUAGCCGAAGGCGAUGUUAAAUUUACUGUCAAGGUUGGCGACUACGUGGCUCAAGAUCAAGUUGUUAUGGAGGUCGAGACCGACAAAACGGCAAUGCCAGUGCCUGCGCCAUUUGGUGGUAUCAUUCGCGAAAUUUUAGUGGAAGAUGGUAGUACAGUGAAGGCAGGUCAGGAUCUUUUCAAAUUAGAGAAAGCCGAAGGUACUCCAACUGCUCCGGCAGCUGCUGUUACAUCACCAUUAAAACCAGCUUCACCAACACCUGCUGCUGCAGCACCGCCAAAAGCCGCUGUUCCUUCUACGCCACCACCGGCUGCUAGACCCCCACCACCACCUCAAGCACCUAGAACAGUUCCGCCACCGCCGCCACCAAAACCUGCAGCCGCUGCUGGACAAAUUCCGGUUGCUUCUGUUCCACCUGUACAAGCUGCUCCACAAGUAAAGGUGCCACCAGCUGAUUAUUCCCGUCAAAUUACCGGGACCCGUACCGAACAGCGCGUAAAAAUGAAUCGUAUGCGUCAAAAGAUUGCCGCGCGUUUAAAAGAUGCUCAGAACACCAACGCCAUGUUGACCACGUUCAACGAAGUCGAUAUGAGCGCUGCCAUGGAGUUCCGUAAAGCUAAUUUGGACGCUUUCCAAAAGAAGUAUGGAAUUAAAAUUGGAUUUAUGUCUAUAUUCUCCAAGGCUUCUGCUUACGCACUACAAGAUCAGCCCGUUGUCAAUGCUGUUAUUGACGGACAGGAAAUAGUUUAUCGAGAUUACGUAGAUAUUUCAGUAGCAGUGGCUACACCUAAAGGUUUAGUCGUGCCCGUGAUAAGAAAUGUUGAAACCAUGAAUUAUGCAGAUAUUGAGAUUGCUUUGGCUGCACUUGGCGAAAAGGCAAGGCGAAACGCAAUCGCCAUUGAAGAUAUGGACGGUGGAACCUUCACUAUAAGUAAUGGUGGCGUAUUCGGUUCGUUGUUGGGAACUCCGAUCAUCAAUCCACCACAAAGUGCUAUUCUGGGGAUGCAUGGAAUAUUUGAGCGACCGAUUGCCGUAAAAGGACAAGUUGUUGUACGCCCAAUGAUGUAUAUUGCUCUUACCUACGACCAUCGACUGAUUGAUGGUCGUGAGGCUGUAAUGUUCUUACGCAAAGUCAAAGCUGCCGUUGAAGAUCCUAGAAUAAUAUUAGCUGGAUUAUAAAUGUUAUCUUCUAGCAAUAUACGGAGAGAGCAUUAAAGCUGUUAAAAACGAGACGUUUCUAACAUGAAAAUAUUGAUAUAAAUAUAAAUUUUUAAUGUUUUA